AUGCUUUAUAAUAGUUUUUUUAAGACAAAGAAUCAGAGUCCCUAUUCUGGAAAGCCAAAAUAAUAAAUGCGUUAGAGUUCAUUUGAGAAACCAAAAAAAGAACGAUUAAGAUUAUAGUUAUCUAGCAAAAUUGAUUAAUUCGAAAAAGAAGCCAUAUUGAGUGUUGUUAAUUCUAAAAAGAAAUCAGUAAGCAAAAGAUUUGUACUAGUAUUGAUUAAAUUAGAAAACAGAACAAGGAAUAGAUAUAAUUGAUGAUUUCUUAAAUUUAGAUUCAUACAUUCCUAAAUAAUAAUCUAAAUCAAGAUCAUUUAGCAAUGCAUUUCCAUCUAAUAAAAGUGCUGAUAGAAAAUAAAACAUAUUGAAUAGUACUAGUAAAAGGCAAAAAAGUAAUAAUUAGAAGUAGUCACUUGAAGAAGAUUAACAUCCAGAUAAUUUUCCAUAAUAAUUUUAAAAGAUCAAGCUUCUUGGUAAAGGAGGAUUCUCAUUAGUUUGGUUAGGAGAACACAAAACAACAAAAAUGAGAGUUGCAAUUAAAUAAAUAAAACAAUCCAAUUCAAAUCAAGCUUAUCUAAGAGAAAUUUGGUUUGGAUCACACUUUUUUGACAACGGAAAUCCUAAACCUUAAUUUAAAUCAUCUAUAGGAGUUAAAAGCUUAUUACAAUAUUUAGGAUAUGAGAUUGGAACUACUGAUACAUGGAUUUUCACAGAAGUAUGUGGAGAAAGUUUAAAAAAUACACUCUAUGAUUUGAAAGGAUAAUAAAUCAAAAAUGAAAUUGUAUUCAAAGUAAUUAAUCAUGUCAAUAUACAAGAUGAUCUAAAAACCCUUAUAUCUAAGUUUAAAAUCCGAUCUAAAUAUUCUAAAAAAGAUUAUUAAAGAUGUUGCUCAUGCCUUAAUAUUAUUAAGUGAAUAGAGGAUUGUACAUUGUGAUCUUAAAACAGAAAAUAUACUCAUUAAAAAAUCUAAAUGUCUCAAUGGAUCAUACAUUAUUACAUAAACCAAACUAAUUGAUUAUGGAAGUAGUUUCUUAUUUGAUGAUCUCUCAUAAUUCUCUAUGGCUACUCCUGAAUAUAUGUGUCCAGAAAUCUUGAACUAUAUUCAAUAUGAAAAUGGCAAGGAUUAUGAUGCUAAAUUAUUCAAAGUCUUAUCAAAUUAUUAUAAACCUUGGGUAAUAGACAUAUGGUCAUUGGGAUGUGUAAUUCUUGAAAUAGUUUAUGGAAUUCCACUCUGGUUGGGCAAUAAAAUAAUUGUUAAGCAUCACGAUAAGGAAGUAAUUGAGUAAGGCUUAUUUGCUGUCAAAAAUAGAGCUUUUGAUCAAAUUAUAUAAAAACAGGCUCAUGUUGUUAAAAAUUUAGAUCAUUACUUAGAUAAUAAUUAUUCAGGUAUUUUAAUAGCAUGAUAAUUUUAGGAAUUAAAGUCGAUUUAGAAAUUAGGCUAUUACUUCGAGAAAUGCUUACUAUUGAUCCAGAUAAAAGGAUAGCUCCUCAUACCAUUAUUGAAUUUCUUUAACCCACUAAAGAAAGAUUGAGAACUGAAUGA